AUGAAUUCACCUAUAUUCUUAAGUGAAAUCGAAUCUUAUUCAGAUCGAUCACUUCAAUAUUAUACGAACUAUCAAUCAUUUGAACUACCAAAGAAUUAUAAUUUAAUAUUUAUUCAUAUGCUAACAUCUACAGAAAUUUUAAAUCACGUCAUUAAAGUAGCCUCUGAAACAUAUAGCUUUAUCAUUGAUACACAACAACAACAAGAAACAUAUCUAUCUGCUAGUAAAUCGAUACCAGCAUUAAUACAAAUUCAAUUUAAUUCUUUUCAACAUGCGCCGUUAGUACUUCUCGUUGAGGUUUUAUAUCUCAAAUCUAAUUUUACAACAAGAACACGAGAUUACACCAAAGAACAACAAAUACAACAACUCUUCAAACAAAUUUUUUCACGAAAUAAAUACGUUUUUGCCUGGGGUAAUCCACUAGAUAAAUUAGCACUAUUCUAUCGUUAUGAAUUAUUUAACGAAAACGACUUGAAACAACUCAAUUUAAUUGAUUUACAUGAACGUUUUCGCGACUGUCGAAUUCUUCAAUGUGUAUAUGAUGAAACUGAAAUUAAUACUCAAAUGGCUGAAACUAUACCUGGAAUGCAGGAUUAUAAAAAACAAUUACAUCGGCUUAUCAUUCGUGAAGCAUUACAAUUGUUGGAUCCAGUCGAUGGUGUUCAAAAAUUUAAAUUGGUAUUACAUCCUUGCAAAAGAAUGAAGAUAUAA